AUGGUGGUGACUCCAACAACACCAGAUAAUGAUAACACUGAUUCUACUGGUGAUGACGGUUCUAACACCAACGGUGGUGACUCCAACAACACUGGUAAUGACAACACUGAUUCUACUGGUAAUGACUCCAACAACGCUGGUAAUGAUAACGCUGAUUCUACUGGUGGUGAUUCCAACUCAGGGGAAGGUGAUAACAAUGAUUCCGGUAAAGAGAAUUCUUCAUCCAAUCCAGCUGACUAUAAAUCCACAACUACAUUGGUGCAACAAAGUACCCCAUCUUCAUCUGCAUCUGCAUCAGAAGAUGUUCCUCCUCUUGUUACUACUUAUGAAGGCUCUGCCAAUUCAUUAUCAAGUGGCUCCACAAUGACUUUAGCAGUACUUUUCUUUGCUUUAGUUACUGUCUUUACUAAUUAA